AUGUUGUUCACAAAGUGGCUGUCCAAGUCCAUCCUGGCCCAGGCUGUGACUUCUCUUAUGGAGACGAGCCGGGCCAUUCCCUUUAACGACCUAUAUCGUCAACUCCCUCACACACGGCACACCCACCCUCGGGACUUACACGUCAGAGAUGAGGUAACCGCCGCGACCUGUACCAACCCUGAACAACGACGAGAAUGGCGCUCGUUGAGCACGGCGGAGCAAGAAGAGUACAUCUCGGCCGUGAAGUGCCUGGCCACAAAACCUUCGAGGCUGAACUUGACCACAACACUCUACGAUGACUUUCCCUACGUACACAACGAGCUGAACAGCAACAUCCACUUCGUAGCCUCCUUCCUCCCCUGGCACAGGUGGUUCCUCCACAUCUACGAGCAGGCCCUCCAGUCCGACUGCGGCCUCUCCUUCCCCAUGCCCUACUGGGACUGGAGCCUCGACGCGGGCCACCUCCCCGACUCCCCCCUCCUCUCCGGGUCCGCAACCACGGGCUUCGGCGGCACGGGGCCGGGGGGCUUCGUCCCGCCCUCCCGGCCCAACCCGCUGACCUCGUGCGUCCCCGACGGCGCCUUCGCCGACCUGACGGUGGCGUACUACUCGGGCGCGGCGCGCGCGCACUGCCUGAACCGGGGCUUCGCAGACGGCGCGGGCGACCAGGACCACCCCGAGCGCGGGGCAAACAUGUCGGCCUACUACUACACGCCUUCCUUCCUGGCCGACAUGACCGAGUCCAACACGGGGUUCGCGCCGUUCUGGCGCGCCCUCGAGGACGGGCCCCACGGCGCGAUCCAUAUCGCCAUCGGCGGGGACAUGAUCCCGGGGACAUCGCCCAACGACCCGCUCUUCUUCAUGCACCACGCCCAGGUCGACAGGCUUUGGUGGCUCUGGCAGCAGGCGGACCCGGCGGCGCGCGCUGUCGACUUCGGGGGUAAUAGGGACCCCGUCGCGGACCCGGCGGGGGCGGACAAGGCGGAGCAGGCCACCCUGGCUGACUCGCUGGCAUUCCUCGGGCUCGGGGACGACGUCACUGUCGACGCGGUCAUGACGACCGAGAAUAGCCUGUUGUGUUAUGCAUACGAGUGA